GUUUCUCAGCUCUGUUUCUGAAGCAGAGCACCGAUGGGAGUGGCUAUGGAAACCCAUUGGCAUGCGAUGCUUUUAUUGUUAAAUGUGAUUCUUUUAACUGUUUCUAAUGUAGAAGGGCACAAGUAUAGCUCAGCUGUGGGAGACCCAGGAAUGAGAAGAGAUGGAUUAAGAGUAGCCUUUGAAGCUUGGAAUUUCUGCAAUGAAGUUGGCCAAGAAGCUCCUGGCAUGGGAAGCCCAAGAGCUGCUGAUUGCUUUGAUCUCUCAGGUCAGCACAAACGCCAUAGAAGAAAACAGACACAUUUUGAAAGUUCUACAAUAAAACACAAGGUAACAGAAGCUGAUAAUAAACUUGGAGUAGGCAAACCGUUUCCUGGUUUGCCCCCAGAGGCUAACAGCAAUGCAGACCUUUAUGCAGCACAGAAAGAGCUUUAUCUGGGUUCUUUAUGUCAAGUUGAAGAUACCCCAAAUCCAUGGCAAUUUUGGAUGGUUAUGCUUAAAAAUGGAAAUUAUGACACAAGAUCUGGUUUGUGUCCUCAAAAUGGGAAAAAGGUGCCUCCGUUUACCCCAGGAAGGUUUCCUUGCUUUGGAGAUGGGUGUAUGAAUCAACCCAUUUUGUAUCAUCAACCAACUGAGCUCAUGCAUGAUGGUACCUUGACAGGAAGUUUCAAUGGGACUUAUGAUUUGGGUUCUGAUAGUGCUAAUGGACUCAGUGGAAUCUCUUUUUAUCAAGUUGUUUGGGAGAAAAAAAUUGGUGUUGGAAGUUGGGUUUUUAGUCAUAAACUCAAAACCUCAAAGAAGUAUCCGUGGCUGAUGCUUUACCUUAGAGCUGAUGCAACUAAAGGAUUUUCUGGAGGGUAUCAUUAUGACACAAGAGGCAUGCUCAAGAUUCUUCCAGAGUCCCCCAAUUUCAAGGUUAAAAUGACAUUGGAUGUCAAACAAGGGGGAGGACCAAAGAGUCAGUUCUAUUUGAUAGAUAUCGGUAGCUGUUGGAAGAACAAUGGCGAUCCUUGUGACGGAGAUGUGCUUACUGAUGUAACUAGGUACAGUGAGAUGAUCAUUAAUCCUGCCACUGCUGCUUGGUGCAGUCAUGAUCAUCCAGAGAAUUGCCCACCAUACCACAUUACUCCAAACAACACAAAAAUUUACAGGAAUGAUACAGCCAACUUCCCGUAUGGUGCGUAUCACUACUAUUGUGCUCCAGGGAAUGCAAAAUUUUUGGAGAAACCUGUCAGCACUUGUGAUCCUUAUAGCAAUCCUCAGGCACAAGAGCUACUUCAGUUGCUGCCUCAUCCAAUAUGGGCCGAAUAUGGCUAUCCAACAAAACAAGGUGAUGGUUGGGUAGGCGAUGCAAGAACUUGGGAGCUUGAUGUGGGUGGACUUUCUAGUAGAUUGUACUUCUAUCAGGAUCCAGGUACCCCUCCUGCUAGAAGAAUUUGGACAUCCAUUGAUAUGGGUACUGAAAUUUUUGUUAGCGACCAAGAAGAAAUGGCAGAAUGGAACCUAAGUGACUUCGACGUCAUCCUUACAUAGCUCAGGAUUCAAUCUUUCAAACUUGUCCUUUCUUUUCUUUUUCUGCAACAAAUUUGUUUUGAAAAUCUCAAAGGGGGGUAUGAUAUAAAAGAGUCGCCAAACAAGUCCGCAAGGACUGGUGACUUGAUCUAGGAAGACAUAGUUGUUGUAAUACAAUUCUGUUUCUCAAUUAUGAAAUGAAAAUUUCAGUUGUCGUACGGGAAA